AUGGAAUGGUCAUGUGUUCGAAAUCUUCCAUUGCAAUCGAUGGGCAGCAACCGCAAAAAUAGAAAUAAGUCGUUCGGAAAAAUUACACGACAAUCCUAUACCGCAAUGAUAGAGCUAGCCCCGAAUCGCCCAAUACAAUGGAAAUCCUUUAGUCUUGCGCUCAAUUCGUUGGGUCUUCCUCGAACUUCUUUCUUCAAUAGUUACUUUAUUUCCGAUGCAAUACGUACUGCUAUACGGCGCAAGGAUAUUCGUGUUCCAUUGCGACGCCCUGAUUUCAAAAGUGCGAGCCUUAUGGAUUGCCCCAUCGUGGACAACUGUAGGUGUUCACCAGCUGAAAUCCAUGUGAAUCGAAGAUGCUCGGAAUUCUCAAUAACCAACUGGAUCAAUAAAACUAGAAAUCAAUUACCAGUGAUUUAUCGAGCACUCAACUUCAUACCACAGCGAGCGUCAAAGGUUCAGGCAAGAGUUUUCCCGAUGGUUAAAUUGUGUCUACCUUCCAAGCAGCUUAUAAAACAGAAAUUCUAUUUGAUGAGGUGUGCCAAGGAAGCCGUUAGUACGAUCACGAUUUGCCUUCACCACGGCAUUUACUCAAAUGUACCGUUUCAUGCGGAAGAAUUGGCCAUGAAUUCAAGAUAUUAGGUUGAUGCAUAAUUAUUGCGGAUUUUUUCGCGGCUUUUUUUCUCUCGAUAGAAUUUAAAUAUUGAGUUCGGGUUUUUCCUAGAAAUGAUCUACUUAAUUUCCUCUACAAGAAUAUACUCAAAAAACUAUCCGCAUAUUCGCGAAAUUAGGCUUAACUACUUCGAGAAAGAUUGGAAGACGGCACAGUCAUUCCGCGAUUUCAGUAAAUUUUCGGCGAUGAAAUAAUCAGCCAAAGCCAAGCAAGAAAUGGGAUCUGCCCCUAAAUCUGCCAUAUUCACCAGCAAAAACUUUUAUGGAUCAUCUCGUCAACCAUUCAUCGAAAAAAUGGCUAGAGAUAGAAGUUACGUCGAUUUGGAUGACUUGAUGGCCGAUGUCAAGGCGUGGAUCGCGCGUAAGGAUCAAAACUUCUUCGCUUUUGGGAUCCGACUAACUAAUCAAUGGGAACCAGUGCUUGACGUAGAUGGUGAAUAAGUUCCGGAGUAAUUAUUUGAAUAUGUCUUUGCUUAGUAUUUCUAUAGUUUCUAUGAGUAAAACUUGCUGGAAUUAAUCCGCAAUAAUUAUGCAUCAACCUAAUAGAACGUGUACUAAAACUUGCGUUAAUUCCAAAUUAUCUUCUCAAUCUUUGGUUGAAGGAGGAGCCCAUAACCAACGACGACUUGGCCUGAUUUUCUACAUAUCUUUACACAAUGUUAUAAAACUGUUCUUCUAGCCGUAUUCGGUUUACUGGCAAUAAUGCAUUACCCUACNGGUACAAAUGGUCACGCAGUACGCGUUGCCUGUCGUAUGGGCAGUUUCCUUGUAACCCUGGCAAGGAAUAAGGGAGUAACCGAGGCCAAACAAACGCUCAUACAGCUACAAUUACGCCCAAGUCCUGCGCACAUCGGAUAUGCUCCCCUACGGCCUUUGGGGGAAGCCUCUACUGAUGAGGGGCCAUCUAAUCUCGCAGGGGAAUCAGGACGUCAUCGGAACCGAAAACGUGGACAACCCCCCAAAUCGCGACACAUGGACUACCUUUUUAUCUGCUCGUACAACUGCGGCACUAUAGCAUCGGAAGCCAGCCUUCGGAUGCUUUUGCUAAGUAGCUGACUGGUUAAAUAUGAUGUUAUCGCACUACAGGAGACGAAAGGCAGAACGGAAACCAUUCCAAGAACGGACCACAACGAGCUGCUCAUCAUCGGAUCCAGAGCGAACGGCAAUGUUGGCGGAGUUGGAUUUCUGAUCAACUCGACAAUCGCCCACUUAGUAGACUCGCAUAACAUCGUCAGCCCGCGUCUUGCCGUCCUCGGUCUGCGCACGAACGACCGAGUUGCAAUUUCUGUCAUAAAUGCAUAUGCACCUACAUCGGUGGCGGCAGAGGAAGAGCGAGAAGAGUUUUAUAGACUUUUGGAGAAGACGAUUCAAGAAGAGAAGAGCUACUAUAAAUAUGUCGUAGGCGACUUCAACGCCGUCGUGGGCACUAACUGCAGCGGAGAUUGGAGACUCGGCCUUAUGGCUCCGGCGACAGGACCGAAAACGGUGAACUCUUUCUGA